UGGUCCCUAACCUUAGAAGGUGUACAGCAGCAAGCUGGCAAUUAUAAUGGUCCUUUGAGAGCGUGGUGGUACGCACCUGGAAUAACAACCCUGAAGAGCUAGAGGCAGGAAGACCAGAAGUUCAAAGCCAACCUCAGCUGUAUUAUGAGCUUGAAGGCAACCCGGGUACUAGAUAGCCUGUCUCAAAAAAACCAAAAAUGAGGCUGAGCAGCGGGGUGCACACCUUUCAUCCUGCCACUCAUGAGGCAAGAGGCAGGUGGAUCCCUCUGAGUCUGAGGCCAGCCCGGUCCACUUGGUGAGACCCUUGUCUAAACGGCAAAACGUUCCUUGGCAGAAGUAUUGUCCGUGUGGCCAGGUCUGCCUAGCGCUGCUCAGUCUGCAGCACCGAAGAACCCAGCUGCUACUUAGAGAGCCCCUCCCCCUUGCCCUGACCAGCUAAGGCAGUUUGGUGUCCUUUUCUCUGCUUUGACCCACAGCAGGAUGGGGAGAGCCUGCCAGGGACCUGACUCAGCCUUGAGAUUGCCGGCAGACAUAACAAAGGGUGGGGGCCCUGGGGGCAGGAACCUAGCCAAGCAGAUACCCAGCCCCAAUCUGCCACUAGGACCCUUCGAGCUCUGAACUUCAGUACUCUGUCUUCCUCAUGGACCGCACCGUAGUGCUCAUUACCGGCUGCUCCUCCGGUAUCGGCUUGCACUUAGCUGUUCGUCUGGCUUCUGACCGGUCCCAGAGCUUUAAAGUGUAUGCCACAAUGAGGGACCUGAAGGCACAGGGACCACUGUUGGAGGCAGCCCGGGCUCGAGGAUGCCCUCCUGGCUCCCUGGAGACACUGGAAUUGGACGUCAGGGAUUCGGAUUCUGUGGCCGCUGCCCAGGCAUGUGUGUCCGAGGGUCGUGUGGAUGUGCUGGUGUGCAAUGCCGGCCGGGGCCUUUUCGGUCCGCUGGAGGCGCAUGAGCUGGACGCAGUGGGUGCUGUGCUGGACGUGAAUGUGGUCGGGACAGUUCGGAUGCUGCAGGCCUUUCUGCCAGACAUGAAGAGACGCCACUCCGGGCGCGUGCUAGUGACUGCGAGCGUAGGAGGCUUGAUGGGGCUGCCAUUCCACGAAGUUUACUGUGCCAGCAAGUUCGCGCUCGAAGGUUUGUGCGAGAGUCUGGCGAUCCUGCUGCCGCUCUUUGGAGUCCACGUGAGUCUCAUCGAGUGCGGGCCGGUGCACACGGCCUUUUAUGAGAAGCUAGAGGGUGGUCCAGGCGGGGCUCUGGAGCGGGCAGAUGCCCAGACACGCCGCCUCUUCACGCACUACCAGCGUGGCUAUGAGCAAGCUCUGAGCGAGGCCCAGGACCCGGAGGAGGUGACGGAGCUCUUCCUGACCGCACUGCGAGCCCCGCGGCCAGCGCUGCGCUACUUCUCCACCGACCGCUUCCUGCCACUGACCCGAAUGCGCACAGAGGAUCCCAGCGGCAGCCGCUACGUCGCCGCCAUGCACCGCGAGGCCUUCGCUGAUCUGCAGGCGCAGGAGGGCCCUGAAGCUGGGGCCAGAGCCCCUGGGGACCGGGAUGCGACCUCCAGUGCCCUCAUUUGCCUCCCAGGGUGUACGUCCCCUAGGGUGGCAUCUGAAUUGUGCUGGCCUGCAUCGGAUAAACCGGGUCAGGACUAACCAUGUUACCAGCAAAAGAGCUAA